AUGUGUGCACUUGUCCCUCCAUUGUUUCCAAAUUUCGGCUGGCCUUGCGGAGACCAUGGUUUAUAUGAAAACGACGACGUAAGCAACACGUUUCUUGAUUUUCCGUUGCCGGAGUUUCAAGUGGCUCAUCGGAAUGUUUCGCUGGAGAGAAAUACAAUAUUAGAGAUAGAGAAUCCCGUCGCUAUGAAGAAGCUUAAUCACAACGCGAGCGAGCGUGAUCGUCGCAAGAAGAUCAACGCAAUGUUCUCUUCUCUUCGUGAUUGUCUUCCGGCCACCGAUCAAUCGAAGAAGCUAAGCGUUUCAGCAACAGUUUCACAGGCAUUGAAGUACAUACCAGAGCUGCAAGAGCAAGUUAAAAAGCUGGUAAAGAAGAAAGAAGAGCUCUCGUUUCAAAUAUCAGGUCAGAGAGAUCUCGUUUACACCGACCAAAAUGGUGAGCCAAAGAAAGGGGUCACGAGUUAUGCAUCAACAGUUUCUGCGACUAAGCUCGGUGAGACCGAAGUAAUGGUCCAAAUUUCAUCGUUACAGACUGAGAAGUGUUCGUUUGGGAAUGUGUUGAAUGGUGUAGAAGAAGAUGGAUUGGUUCUCUUGGAUGCUUCAUCUUCAAGGUCUCAAGGAGAAAGACUCUUUUACACUUUGCAUCUUCAAAUGGAUAAUUGCAAUUUGAAUUCCGAAGAGUUAAGUGAUAGGUUGUCGUACUUGUACGAGAACUUUGGAAAGUCGUUUACAUGA